AUGGCGACCACGACACCCGAGAAGAAGCUGCAGUUAGAAGACACGACAGAAUGCAGAUCUUCAGACAGUAUCCUACGGAUCCAGAAGGCGGAGUUAUACUCAAAGAACUGCAUGUUCGAUCCCGCUAGCUCACAAAAAGGAAUCCAAGGAACUCUACAGAUGAACUUUUUGGACGCUGCCUUACUUUCGAGGCUAGACAUGCCCAGUUUUUCCGGCAACCUUCUUGAUUUCCCCACGUUCUGGUCAAGGUAUAACGCUCUGGUCCAUUCAAAGAUAGAUCUUUCGGAUGCAACAAAGUUCUCUCUGUUGAAAAGUUGCCUGAGAGGGCAAGCGUUACAAUCCAUCGAAGGAAUCCCCGUAACCGACGAAGAUUAUCGUACGGCUGUCGACAUUCUUCAUCAAAUGUACAACAACCCCUCAGCCCUGCGCCACCUGAUUUACACGGAACUCGCAAAUCUUCCACAGUGUGAUCAGGAAGGGAAACGACUUCAAGAAAUUUAUCUGAAAAUGCUACGUCUUAUUAGGCAAUACACUUCCAUCACCCCAGGGUCGCCGGAAUACGGGCUCGGGGCACUACUAUAUAAUAAAUUGCCACGAUUCGUUCAGUCCAAGAUAUACGACAUAACAGGAGGACAGAUGAGCCUCACACCAAACCAACUAAUUGAUCUCCUCUCGGACGUGGUGAGAAAAGAAGUCACCUUAGGACAGGUCGGCAAUUCCAUCAACUCUUAUUGUGCAAAUAAUUACAACCUUCGAAAUUCAACAACGGGAGAUGCAGAACGGCUCAAGAAGCCUGUACCAUUCUCGAAUGUACGCCAGAAGUCUUGUCCCUUUUGCUUUGAAACUAAUCAUAAUGCAUUCCAAUGUCGCUAUUUCAAUACACCGGACGAAAGACGUGACCGCACUCACCAGAAUGAUCUGUGUUUCAAAUGUCUACGACCGGAUCACAGAACAAAAUUCUGUGACCGACCACCCUGCAAUAUCUGCAACUAUCACCAUCACCCCUCCCUGUGCUAUCAUUCAAAACCACCACAAAACAAAACCUUAUCAGAAAGGGAUACCAACAAAAUCAUCCAAAACAACUUUGCAUUUCCAAAGAAUCAAACCAACGAAUGGUCGAAAAGGACAAACGAUAUUCAAAGUAAUUCCAAUCGGUUUCUAGACGGCGGUAAACUCAAGCAAGCUCGUUCACCAGCUAAUCUAGUAAACUUUUCCGAGGAUGUGUCAGAAAACAGCGCUAAAAAUGAAAGUGAAGAAGAUGGAGAACCAAAUCAAAAAAGUGGUCUGUGCUACACCGCAACCAGUUCAACGACAAUCGAAACAGAGAACAAUGAAGAGCAAAAGAACAACGACGAAGUUCUGCUAAUGUGCACUGAGAUCAUAUUAGUCAAUCCGGAUGACAGGAGCAAGAGAGCAAGAACUCUGGCCUUUCUGGACAGUGGUUCAACACAUUCAUACAUUACGACAGAUGUCGCAGAAAAUCUCAAACUAAACCAAGUCACGGAAAAGGAUAUUACACUUUACACAUUCGGAAACGAGGAGUCGAGAACAGUAUCAUCAAAGCAGUAUAACAUCUGCAUACUAUUACCAAACGACUCAUUGUACCCUAUGAAGGUACAAUCCCUUCCUAUCCUUACGAAACCUCUACCCCUUCCCUCCAGCCUCCCGUCUCUAUCAACUGAGCUUGCCCAACGUUUCUCGAUUUCAGCCAGACACAGAGAGACAGGAAUUCUCAUAGGAAUGGAUCACUUUUGGCAGUUGGUCCUCUCCUCCGAUUUCCAUUCUUCAAAUCUGCCGAGUGGACAUUACCUAUUGCACACGAAAUUAGGGAAGAUUAUCUCUGGAAGGAAAAUACCGACUCGUGCUGUAAACAUGGCAGUGAAAAAUGAAAGUGAUCACCCAUUGAACAAGCAGAGUUUAGAUGAAAUGGUAGAAAGAUUCUGGUCCUGUGAAUCUCUCGGUACAACAAACGAAGCAAGCUCCAAAGACGAUAAUAUAUGUCUCGAUUUCUUCAACACCACAACACGCUACGAUGAAGCCGAAUGCCGCUACUAUACAAGACUUCCAUUCAAAAGUAGACCGCCAAAAGUACCAGAAAACUAUAAUCACAGCCUAGCAUGCUUGAAGUCGAACUGGAAAACCCUCUCUAAAAAUCCCUCUCAUCUAGAGAAGUAUCACAACAUCAUCAAAGAACAACUACAGCGAGGCAUAAUCCGCGAAGUUUCGAAUACAGUCGAAGAAACAAAAGGAACAUAUCUUCCACACCACGCCGUGAUUAGCGGAUCAAAGACAACAAAAAUUCGACUGGUGUACAAUGGGAGCGCAAAGAGCGGCAACCAACCAAGUCUCAACGAAUGUUUGUUUCGUGGUCCAGUCUUGAUUCCAGACUUGAGCGGAAUACUUCUUAGAAUUCGCCUCGCACCCAUUCUACUGAUAGGAGAUAUAGAAAAAGCAUAUCACAUGAUAGGAUUAGAAGAAAGCGAUCAACCUUUCACAAAGUUCCUGUGGCUCAAGGACCAUCGACAACCCCCCUCAAAAGAGAACCUGAUGACACUCCAAUUUCAACGAGUUCCAUUUGGACUGAUAUGCAGCGCUUUCUUACUGGCUGCUACGAUUCAUCUUCACCUUACAAAAACAGCGACGACACUGUCUCAUGAGAUACUCACUUCAUGUUAUGUGGACAACAUUUUCUUGACAGCAAAUACAAAAGAGCAAGCAAUAGAUAAAUAUAACGAAACCAAGAGUUUAUUCAAACUUGCUGGUAUGAAUGUUCGACAAUGGACCACCUCAAAUGCUGAAGCCAACUCGUAUAUCGCACUGAAAGAGAACGCGCCAGCAGAAGAAACCGCGAAAAUCCUUGGUAUUCAGUGGAAUGUUGAAUCCGACACACUCACUCUUCGACUACCCACCAAAUACGAGAAGUCAUUGAUUCCCACCAAACGAAAUGUACUGAAACAAUGGGACGAGAUACUACCCACUCAAUAUCAAACACUUUGGACAAAUAUCCUCGACUCUUGGACCACUCCCUCGCUCAGAAUCCCUCGAAGAAUCAUAAUCAACCCUAAAAUACCCUCUUCUCACCAACUUCACGUUUUCACCGAUGCAUCACAAUCCGCAUACUGCGCCGUUGCCUAUAUUCGAACAGUUACAGCACAGCAGAUUGAUGUCAAGCUAUUAAUGGGACGAACACGACUACCUCCACUGAAAAACACCGUAACAAUCCCGCGUCUCGAACUAAGUGCUAUCUCUCUGGGAUCUAUGUUGAUGAAACACAUCGCAAAAGAGAUGGAAAUUCAAUACGAUAAGAUGUACCUCUGGUCUGACUCCAAAGUCGCUUUACAAUGGAUCAAAAGCAAUGCAAGGCUUCCAAUUUUCAUCCAAAAUCGAGUUCUCUGUAUCAAGAAUAAUGCUCCAAGAGCUAUUCUACGCCACGUCCCCUCUGCAUUCAACCCUGCUGAUGUGGGAAGCAGAGGUUCAUCUAUUGAAGAUCUUCUAGGCAACGAGCUGUGCAAAACGAUCAGCAUUGGCCUGAAGACAAAAUCGCCAUCACGAUCAAUAUGGAAUGAAGAAAAAACCCAAACUGGGACACUAAUUGAUAAUACUACGAAAUUCGGCAGCUGGAAAAAACUCCUACAAGUUGCAGUCAACGUAAUAUACUUCGUAUUCAUUACCAAACAAAAAAUUGCAAAGAAGAGGAAUACAGUACUUAACAGUCUAGACCUUAUUGGAAAAGCGAGUCUGAUACUUUUCCGACAAGCGCAGUCAACAAGUCCAAUAACAGAAGAUCAAAAGAAGAAAAACCAUCACACUGGAAUCGCUCAGACACUUACCACUCUUCGAGAACAUGUAUGGAUUCCUCAAGGAAGAGCCGAAGUGAAGCGAAGUCAUCAACAAAUUAUGCAUGUAUUGCAAAAGAGAAAAAGCACCACCGUUCCGCCUACCACCCUUCCCAGACCACCCCCAAGAAAGAGUGAAACAACCACAUUAUCCGUUUUACAACUGUGUGGAUUGCUCUUUUCACAUGCAUCAACACACGUGCUAUCCACGUCGACGCAGCAAAAAGUCUCAGCGCAAAUUGUUUCCUUCAAAUUCUUCGAAGAUUUAUAUCAACUCAUGGAUGCCCCCAUUGGAUACCUCUCAGAUAAUGCUUCGGCUUUCACAUCAGUAGCCAACACAAUUCAAACCAUUCCUAUCAACAAAAACAACGCCCUUGUCGACUACUGCUCUCAGCAUAAUAUUCAUUUCAAAUUCAUCCCUGCCUUCGCUCCAUGGCAAGGGGGCAUAUACGAAAGUAUGGUCAAAAUUUUCAAGAAAUCCCUCAAAGCAACUAUUCGAAAUCGCAAACUGGACUUCGACGAAUUUCUCACUAUGGCCAAAGAGUGCGAAGCAAUUGUCAACACCCGACCACUCACGUACGUUUACAGUGAUAUUGACUCGGGUUAUCCCCUUCGACCCAUAGACUUCCUCAGACCAUUCGCGCUUCUGGGAUCCCCAAGAAUAAAAAGAAGAAGACGAAUCCGAGGAGGAGUGGAAGACUGA